AUGCCCGCGGGCCGUGACCGCGCCACCAAGAAGUUUGCAGAAUGCACACUCUUCACGGCGGUGGUCAUUGCCGUGUUCUCCAUGCUGGAGAUGAUGUUUGGGCAGGUCGGGGUUGGCGAAGCCCCGGCUAUGCCAAUGCAAUCGCAGGACUUGAUCAUGAGGUCACUACAACAGCGAGCUGCGAACGAGGUGGAGCUCGAGGACGACGAGGACGAGGACGAAGAAGAGGAGGAGAUGCUCAGUCAAGAAGAGCCAGCAGAUGCCCUUCCGGACGCGCUCCGGCCGCCGAAGGUGGCGGAACCGCCCAAGGGCUUGUCUGCGCCCAAGGACGCGCCGGUGGAGGACGUCUCACAGGCCCUCUCCGAGCUGGCCAGGGCAGCGGAGGCUCAGGGUGAUAAUGAUGUGCCUGGUCCUUUACUCGAAGCUCAGCAGGUUGAAGACAUGAGGGUAGCACUUCAAGCUUGGUUGCUGCAGGUUGCAACCUUCCAUGAGGCAGAGGCCAUGGGUUUAAUGACCAAGUGGUUGGACUUCAAUACCACGGAGGAGGUGAAUGUGGGGUUAGACCAGCUCCUGCGGAAGGACUCGGAAGCUCGUUGGGUCUACUGCGCCUCGGAGGGCGAGCUUUGCGAGUGCAACAGCGGCCAUGUACGAUACGGGCAUCAUGCUAAGGGGUGGAACACCAAGAAGAACAAGGCGAGGAGCCUGUGCUUGCUGGAGAAUUUUGGAAAGAACGACAUGGCCUAUGGCAUGCUCAAGUACUGCCAAUGCCAUGACCCACCCGACCGCGAUGUAGGGAUCGAGCCGCUUCGACACAUGAAAUCUGCAAAAAGCAUACCAGGUGACUUGAAGGGCUCGAGGAAAGAAAAGAGCCCGCCAGGCCGUUGGUGGGUUCUCCUCGAAGAGUUGAAGGAGUGGAUCGAGAAGGCCUCCGCUGCACAACUCUUGGUGCUUUCUCGAGUCUAUCACUGGAUGGAGUUCAGCGGGCCCAGCAGCAAAGUAGCUGCGGGCAUUGCCAAGGUGGUGCGCAAGGCCUUGCUCGGGGGCCUUGAAAAGAUCUUGGAGAAGAAUCAUCGAAGAUUGGUCCUAGAGAUGCAGCAAUGGCUGGGGGAACAUCAAGCUAUGAACAGCUCGGAGAUCCACGAGGAAGCUGAAAAGCCAGAGAGGGAGAAGCGUGACAGCGCUGGGAGUGACAGCCGGAAAGAGAAGGUCUCCACGUGCAGUGAGAGCUUGCCGUUCUCCUUGACAGCCAGCCAGGUGGCCUUGAUUUCCCCCAGCCGCGUCAGUAGCAUGGAGCGAUCGGGCUAUCACGUGGCCAAGCAGGUGAGUGUGCCCUCCUUUGCUGCACCCUCGGUGGCUGCCUCGGAGGCCGAGCCACGACUCUGCGAACGGCGUUGGCGACUUCUUGAAAAGGCGGUGUCCUCAUGGCAAUUCGAGGCCUUCUUUGCCGUCGUGAUCGCGACAAAUAGCUUAUUCAUUGGUUUGAGCAUCGAGUGGGAGGCGCAAGAGCGGACCUUCACGCUUCCCACGGAGCUUUUUGUCAUUCAGAUUACCUACACCCUGCUCUUCCUCGCCGAAGUCUGUCUCAAGCUGCUAGCCUUUGGUGCCAGGGAUUUCUUUUGCUCGUCCGGAUGGGCUUGGAAUUGUUUCGACCUGGCUAUCGUCAUGUCCGCUGUGUUUGAGUGCACCGUGGAGUUUGUGGCACACGACCCGCAUUUGAGCGCGGGCUCCAGCAGCAACCUGCGAAUCUUGCGCAUCCUCCGGAUGACGCGGCUCACGCGGAUCUUCCGCGUGAUCAGGGUGGUGCGCUUUUUCCGGUCCUUGCGAACGCUGGUCUUUUCAAUUGUCAACACCUUGAAGUCACUGUUCUGGGCGAUGUUGCUCUUGGCCAUGAUCAUGUACGUCUUUGGCAUCCUCUUCACAGACAUCUCCAACAACCACAUCAUUGAGAGCGGAACACCCGAGGCGGAGAGCAUCAUCAAGCUGGAGAAGUACUUCGGCACGCUGCACGACUCGGUCCACACACUGUUCAUGUCGAUCUCAGGGGGCUUGACAUGGAUGGAUGCCACCAUGGCUUUAGCUGCGGUGAGCUGGGUAUGGAAAUAUGUCUUCUCUUGCUACAUCGCCUUUAGCGUCUUUGCGGUUUUGAAUGUUAUGACUGGAGUAUUUUGUCAGUCGGCCAUCAAGGGGGCUGAACGCGACCAGGAGAUGGUGGUGCAAUCAUUGAUCAUGGACAAACAUCAGCUGAAGACCAGCUUGGAGAAGCUGUUUCAAAAGAUGGAUGACGAGAAGUCGGGGAAGUUGUCCUUGGCGAACUUCGAGAAGCAUUUCCAAGAUGAGGAGGUCCGUGUGCUCUUUGAGGCCCUGGACAUUGGCGUCACAGACGCCUGGACAUUGUUCUUGAGCUUAGACCACAAUGAGGACUAUCAGAUCGAGGCAGAGGAGUUUCUCGAAGGUUGUCUGCAACUCCGUGGAGCGGCCAAGGCCAUCGACUUGUUCAUGCUGCGGAGGCAAGUCGCCAAGCUCAUGCUCGUCCUGUCCGAGCCGGAGGAGACGCUCCGAGAGAAGACCGCCUGUUUGGAGGACCACUACCUGACCUUCAAGCACGUCGACGCACCACGAGAGAUCAAGAAGAAGAGUGAGGGCAAGAACGAGCUGGUGGACUUGCGCCCGUUGAACGGGGGCUUCGCGAUUUUCAACCAGGGUCACUUGGGGAGCUGCACCGCCAAUGCGCUGGCUGCGGCCUACCACUUCACCUUGCACAAGCAGAACGUGGAGAAUGAUGCGCAGUUUAAGGACUUCACCCCAAGCCGUCUGUUCAUCUACUACAAUGAGAGGUACGUGGAGGGGAGCGUGGACAAGGAUGCCGGUGCCAUGAUCAGGGAUGGCAUCAAGGUGAUGGAGAAGAUGGGCGUUUGCCCCGAGACGGUUUGGAAGUAUGACGAUGGUCCCGACUUCUUCAAGAAGCAGCCGGAGAAGAGUUGCUACGAGAUGGCCCAGAAGUGCAUCGUGAAAGGCUAUGCUCGCGUGGCCCAGGACUUGGAGCAGAUGAAGCUCUGCAUCAAGCACGGCUACCCCUUUGUCUUCGGCUUUACGGUGCUCACCAGUUUCUCCCAGGCGGCCAAGGAUGGGACCAUGGUGAUGCCACAGAAAGACGACCAGGUGCGCGGCGGGCACGCUGUGACCGCUGUGGGCUAUGACGACAUGAAGAAGGUUUUCAUUGUCAGGAACUCCUGGGGAGAAGGUUGGGGUGACAAGGGCUACUUCUACAUGCCCUAUGAGUACAUUUGCCAUCCUCAAUUGGCACAGGAGUGUCGUACUGGCGACCUUGAGCCGCUGUGGUCCUGCGACUUCUCUGCUUCGAGGGUGCCAAAGGCUGGCCAUCCACAUGAAGAGGCUCAAAAAGUUCUGGAACAAAGUUUGAAGGCCAUGUGCGAGGACUCGGGUACUAGCCGUCUCUGGCAGACGUUUCUGGACUGCGACUUCCGAGAGAACUACUUUCGCUGGACCUCGCCCGAGUCCGAUUGGCUCGAGGAGGGCUUUGUGACCUAUGUGGCCGGACCGCAGGACUCGAUCUACGCCCUGCAGGCCGUGAACUUGAUCCGUUCCAUCGACCUCUUUUCCACUCGUCCGGUGGUGGUGGUGGUGUUCGAUGACAAGUUUGUACCGCCUGCGCAGUGGCAUAGCUUUCCAAAUGUGAUCGUCUACAAGAUGUUGCCCAUGAAAGGACGCUCCGUGUCUUUCAACUUCAACAAGCUCCGGGCAAUGAUCGCCGCUCGGGUGCUGGUGGGCAUCCAGCUGGACACGGAUCAGAUCAUCGUGCCUGGCCUCGAAAGGAUGUUUGCGGCAACCAAGCGGGAGAUUCACGAGUUCUACCCAUGGAUCAUGCUGCCAGUACAUUGGAUGUCAAGAGACGCGAAACGCGGGGAACUCUAUUCUGAGAUGAACUUCGAAGGCUGGAAGGGGCCUCGAACCAUGAGGUGGGGCCACGCGCAUCCAACCUGGACCUACUGGGCCUUGCCCUUCUUGUUGGAUUUGCUCUAUGAGCGGUUUCGGGCUUCCAGCAAGCCGGGGAAGAUUGAGGUCUGGGACCUGCCAGCAGCCUCCCGUUUGGGGCUCCGGUCGGUGCUCCUGAAGGGGCUGAAGCGGCCACGGGAGGCCCGAUACGGCUCGUUCAUGAACGAGGACGAGGACAUGAUGAACGUGGGCUUAUGGCGAGAUUCGGCCAAAAAGGAGUGGUGCAAGUUUGACUUGGAAUGGGCCUUGUACAAGGAGCGCUUUGAGGUGGCUGACAAGAGCAUGUCGGACUCCAAGUGGUACCCAGAUGGCGUGCCGCUGGCCUACCUCUCCAUGCACAACACCAAGCAGUUCGAAGUCACAGACUGGCUCCUCUCCUGGCUGGCGCGAUGCGUGAAAUUCAAACCCACGUGCAAGGACAAAGGUCGGGCACCUGCGCAGAAUUGUCAGGAGGAUUCCUCGGCCGAGCGACAGCUCCGAAGAAAACCUGGGGAAUAUCUGCACCAUAUGUGUUGUUGCGUGGAACCCAGAAUGGAGAAAUGGAUCUUCUGGGGCAAGACUUGGUUCAGCCGCAGCGCAGAUGUACCAGGCAUGAUGCCGGGCAUGCAGAAGAACCGCACCUGCACACUGCCAUGA